AUGGCGAAUCCGCCAAACAAUAACGAAAUCCCACAAACGAGUGUGGGAGCAACGGUUAAUAUGACCGUAAGUGAAGCGACGAAUGUUGGUUCGAUACCAGCAGUAUCAGUCACAAACACGGGGCCAAUAACUUCGUUAACAGGCCCCAGAAUACCUUUGGGAACUCCCCCACCAAGGGGAAAUUUAGGCACAAGGCCUGUGGUUCCCCCAGGAUUUAUUCCAUUCUAUGGUAUGCCAACUUCUGAAGUGGCAAGCCUGACGAAUGCUGCGUCCACUUUUUCAGACCCUUUCGUGAGUGCCUCUUCGCCACUCCAAGGCUCUGGAGUAGGCAUGGCGAAUAGAAAUAGGACCCAACUCGUAGGAGGAACGUCCCAAGUAGCCCAUGGCCUUACGAAUGCCUCGACAGCAGUCUUGAGGCAACAAAUGGACGAAAGCAACCAUGAUAUGGUGCAAAUGUUGGCACAAACUUUGACCCCAAAGGGCGCAAAUAAGGGGAAAUCAGGGGAUAUUUGUAGAGGAAGAAACCACCAUUAA